AUGAAAACCUUUCUCCUCGCUCUCUGCCUAGCCCCUGCUGCCCUUGCGGCCUACUUGCAGGUCUCCGUCCCAGUCCAUAUCAUGGACCAAUGUGAGCAGGGCAAUGGCUACUGUGGCAUUAACCUGAGAGACAUGGGCUACGAUAAUCUCAUCAACUAUGAUGAUAACGCGCUCUACUACUGCGACGAUGUUAAUUCUCCAGAUUACAUUAAAAAAUGCGGUGGCAGCUGCCAAGGACCCAAGGCGCAUUGCGAUAAUUAA